CGCGGAGCCACCCAGGAUCCCACGGAUACCACGGGGUCUGUCCUUUCUUCGACUUCCAUCUCCCUUCCCCCUCAAGGCCAUGGCAGAUGUCCAUCCGCGGAGGUCACGUCGAGCUGCGAAAGCAUGCGCCUUCUGUCGGCGGCGAAAGUUGCGAUGCGAUAACGGGAAGCCCGCUUGUUCUAAUUGCCGGGGGUACGGCAAUGAAUGUGUCUAUCCCGCAGAUACUGUAAGGCAGAGGCCCACCAAAGCCCGUCUCUCUCAGCUAGAAGCAGAAAAUCAACAAUUGCGUCGGCAACUAGGCGAUGUUGAGACGCGAUCCAUCCAAGCUAGUGGAUCGCCCGAACACAGUCGAACUCCAUCGAGGCAGCAGACACAAGAGCUUCUUGCUGAGACCCCUGGCGAAUCUUCGUGCAAUAGGGAAGAGCAGCAAGCUAGCACCGUGGAGCCUUCCCAGUCGGCCGUCUCACGCAUCUUUAUUUCACCGAAUGGAGACUCCAGCUAUCACGGCCUCACUAGUACUCUCUUCGAUGAUGCUCCGACCGAUAGACGAGGUCAAAUGAGACCGACCGACCAGCAAAUCCCUGCAGAUCACGUCUCUAAGCGUCUCAUGGGAGAGGCUGCUUAUCAAAGACAGCUUGAAGGGUUGAAUCUACGCCAUGAAAAGCUGGACUUUGAUGGUGUCGAUCCAGAACUCGGCAUGCAUCUACUAUCCCUCCACUGGAAUCGCCAGCAUCACUCAUUUUUGAUCACAUACCGCCCAGCUUUCAUGCGCGACAUGGCCUGCGAUGGGCCCUAUUUCUCAAAACUCCUUCUCAACGCCAUCUACUUUGGCGCUUCAAAGUUUAGCAAUCGGCCUGAGGUUCGUCGGGACCCCAACGAUGUACGCACGGCGGGUUGGACCUUUCGCAUGCGAGUCAAGGAGCUUCUUGGCAGUGCCCUUGACCAUAGCGAGAUUACGACUAUUCAAGCACUUUUAGUCAUGACUAGCUCAUUGUUUGCAUUAGGCGAUGAGAGAAGUGCUGCUUGGCUUUACGCCGGUACUGCAUUUCGAAUGAUUAUCGACUUAGGGAUGCACGUUGAUGCGACGAUGUUACCAAAUAUGCGUCGGCUCUCCGACGAAGAUCUUGAGAUCCGCCGACGCGUCUUCUGGGGAGCCUUUGUCGUGGAUAAGAUUCAAUCACUAUACCAAGGCCGGCCAGCAAGCCUCCAAGACUUUGAUACCAAAGUCUCGCUGUCAUUUUUGGACAACUACGAAGAGCUUGAGGAAUGGCAGCCAUUCGCAUAUUCAGACGUCGAAUCUUACCCAGGGUCCCCUGCCUAUAGCGUGUCAACUUUCACGCAACUAUGCAAGCUUUCCCUGAUACUCAAUGGAGUUUUGAAUAAAGUCUACUCUGAGCGGAGCUCAGCGCGUUCGCCGGAUGAGCUUCUUGCAACCUUGGAGUCUUUGGAUCUGCAACUCAAAACUUGGCACGAUGCGAUCCCCGAUCACUUGAGAUUUAACCCGACCACGACUCAGAUCACGCCACCGCCACAUGUUGUUUCGCUCCUUGCUCUAUACAAUGUUCUAUUGAUCCUCCUGCACCGACCAUUUGUAGCUGAAGGGCAUCUCUACACCACGGAUCUGACAGUCGCAAUCACAUCAUUCAGCACAUGUACUUUGGCUGCAAACCGUAUCAUACAGCUUCUCCAGGCUUAUGAUCACACGUUCUCAAUUCGGCGGGCCCCAUAUCUGAUUUCAUACGCUACCUACGUCGCCGCUACAAUCUUUGUCCGAGUCGCUGCCCAGAAGGAAGGGGGUAGCCGAGCGCAUGCCAGCUUGCGAGCCUGCUUCAGUAUCUUCAAGAAAAAUCAGGAAACAAACUGGGCCGUUCGUCGGGCUGAAAACGUCAUUCGUCAUUUGAUGAACCGAAUGGGAGUGGAGUUGAAUACAAACAGUCACGAGGCUGAUGCACGAGGGCCCUACAGUCGUCCGGACGAAAUUGUCACUCUGGAUGAAGCCCCGUACAUGGCUGGAGAUGGCUCUCAUCUAGAUGCAACAAUUAUUGCUAGCUAUGGUACUCCAUCUUCGGGGGUAACAGAAGAUUCAGAACUCGACAUUGACAGGAUAAUCCAGAGCUUCAUUCGACAAGAUAACAGAUCAAAUGAAGGCCAAGUCUAUCUUGAAAGUACCGAUCAUCCCCUUCCUGGAUCUACUACGAUUUUUGGUACACAGACCAACAUGGCGUCCACGGCCAUCCCCCCAUAUGAUGAUGCCUAUCCUGGCCCACGUUUUGACGAUGACAUGCUUUUUGGCUUCAAUGGUUCCCUUCAGGAUAGUAUGAUUUACGAAUAAUCGUAGAAACAAAU